AUGGCACAAACGUUCAGUAACAUUGGCUUCGCGGACACAUCGAACGCCCUGGAAAUGGCAGCACCUGACGAAGAGUACGCCGUGGUCAACACGUUAACAAACCAACCAGCCAGAACAGGCCAUAUACCAACCACUUUUGACUCGUCGCUGUAUGACCCACAAUCCAAAGCGAUAUUAAACGGGACACAUAUUCACAUGAGCCAUAGCAUGUUGAAUCAUCUCCUGUCUGAGAGAGUGAAUUUAAUGUACCAGACAACAUCCAGAACGUUUACUUCUAUACACGAUAACUUGACCUACGACAGUCUACUCGCAGGUCUCCUUGUCGAUGACGAAAAACUGCUGGUAAAUAACCAGUAUAUAUACUACAGUUACGUGUCGUUUAUGGACGAGUUCGGUAAAGUUGCAACAAAAGAACCAAUGAGACAGGGAAGGGCAUUUCUAACAACAAAAAGAUUGUUACUGCUUUCGGCAGAAAACUCGGCAGGUGCUAAGUUGUCAAAGUUUGGUGAUCCUAAGAAGCUUCCAGGCGGUUAUCACAUCGAGACGUCUUGUAAUGAUAACUUACAUUAUGUGUCAUUCCCGUUGAGUUGUUUCAGAAGCAUUGAACUAUUCGCUUCGACUGGUGUUAAAACAGAAUCCAACAUCUAUGGGCAAAGACCCUGCUGCUGGGGGUUAUGUGGCUGUUUUGGGAAAGAAAUAUGUUUGAAGCAUUGGUGGGCGGACGCGACGCAGAGGCAGACGUACAAUGACCGCUAUAUUUCCAUGGGGGUCAUUUGCCCGCCGUGGGGUCACCGUACGAUGCUACAGAUGUACCUGAAUUCCGGAGUGUCCCUCACCACGGCCAAGGACUUUGUAUGUGAUUUGCAGGCGUACUCACCUGGGCUGAAUGACGUAAAGUAA